UUCCUCGUACGUGUUUUCAUCGAUAAAUAAAAAUUCGCUGCACGUAUCGCGAACGUUUGCGCGAUCUUCCCCGUCUGUUCUCGUAUUCCCUGGCCGUAUCUGUAUUUAUUUUAUGAGAGGACGCGGUUUACGAGCUAAUCCGCGAAGAACGCGACAAGCGCGAUAGGAGAUGCGUUUCGCGUUUACCUUUGCCGAUUGGUCGAUCGGUUCGCGGAAUGCUUGUAAAUUGCACGUGUGAUUCACCUCGCCAAGGUUGAGAGAAGUCAGAGAGAAGAGAGAGGUGCCCCAUCGCGGUAACCGGUUGCCCCGAAAACAAACUUCGAUAACGCUCGUAACCUCUGCACCCACCGCGCCGCCGAGCGCACCGGUUAUCGCGAUCAGUUCGCCUUUGUUCAGCCAAGAGGAAAAGUCAAUCAUGUUGUGGGGGAAAGCCCAGAGUCGCGAACAGAUUAAUAAAGGUUCGCGGGGAUUUCCCGUCAGAUAAACAAAUGGGAGCAAUAAAGAGCGAUACAGAGAGGCGCGAUAAGAUGUUGUUUCGAGAAUAGGAGCUCCCGUGUCAGUUUCGCCUUCCCAUCUUCAGGUAUGCCUCAAACGCUUCUCGAGCCUACGGCUCCUUCUUCUCGACGAUUCAGACCGGUUGCUUCGACGUUGUUUCGUUUUGGCGACGAUCGCAACAUUCUCGCACCACUCUGCCCAUUCAUGAAUGAUAAAGAAAGACGCAAAGCGGUCGGGGAGACUGGUUAUCACCUAAGCCAGGGUUAGUAGGCGGGGGCGCGGCAGAAGAGGAUCUCACCUUGACGGCCUCGAGAUCUUUUGCGCGCUUCUGCAACUUUUCCAUGCUCGCUUUGGCCCGCGCCUAUUUUCACUCUUCUAAAAUGACGAUGCAGCUGUCCACGUGCUUAGCAUCAGCCCUCCUUUUUGCGUCGUUCGACUCGCCUCCUUCGAAGAUCGAGGAAGCGGAUGCCCCGGGAAAUCGAUCACGGUGCAAAUUUCCCUUUCCACGAGCGGACGCGUUGGCACGCCGCGACCGAUUUUCGGGUUAUGCCCCAAGUGUGCCAGCGGAUCGUAGGAGGCUCGAGGAACGUUGACACCGUUAUCCUAUGCUCGCCGGAUGCAUAACAAUGGCACGACGCGACGCCUUUCUUUCGAUUCGAUUCGGUUCGGUUCGAUUCGACGAUCGAGGGAACGCGCGGAGAGCUUGCGAAUCGACGUACAACGGGUGAAAACGAAGCUCGAAUAUAGAGGCGAAAGACCGUUAGCCGUUUAAUAUGCGGUGGCUGCGUUCGUUUCGAGGGGAAGGCAGAAGUUUCGACUUUGCUUCGUUCGAAUCGUCGCGUCGAGUCUCACUCGAAAACAUCGCGACUCGAAGAUAGUUGGAUCGAACGGCGUCGGUUCGAAACGAAAGAUCAAUUUCGAGGGAAUAAAAAUGAUCGAGACGAGAAGAAAUAGGCGGCGAGUGAUGUUUGCGUUCGGAUUGUUGUUGAUGAUCGUCGGUGUGGCGAACGGUCGCGAAUCCGCCGGUACCGAGUCGUCGGCGUCGUCGACGACGCUUGCUACGAGCAGCGUCGAAGAGGAAAAAGCGGAAGCCAGGUGGGUAGAGGACGAUUCAGUGGCGGCUAAGCCAGGAAGGAGUGUCGGACGGAAAGAUUCGAAGGACAGCUAUCUGGAGGCGCUGAGACACUCUCGCACCAGCACGGAUCCUCGCGAGGGAAUCGUAGCGGUGGAUGGAACCGGUAGCGGAUCACUUCAGCGGCGGAAAGAGUACGUGCAAGGACCGGUGUACACGCCGAAGCGUUCGGAAGCUAACUCGCGAAUCGUGCAGCAUGGUCCGAUCGAUCGCGACUCGUUCUCCAUGGUCCCGAGCGAUUCGUACACUCUGCCAAGUCGAACGACCGUCGACUUUGCGGGAGUUCGAAACUCUUAUGGACCGCCGCAAACGCCCCGUCCUGCUUAUGGUCCAGCUUUCAACGAAUACUACUCGUCAGAAUACGCCGGAAACGCUUACUUGCCACCACAGCAAGGUGAGGGAAGAGCUUACGGACCACCGAGCUCCAGCUACGGUCCCCCUUCGGGUCUCUCCUACGGCUACGGGAAUGGGCACGCAACGGCCGAAACGCAGCUCACCUUACCGUCCAUCGACUUUUCGUGGCCGUUCGCGCUCAAACUAAACGCCUUCACUUUGGCCAAGAUUCUCCUGAAGCUGGUCAUCUUCAAGAUGAUCGUGAAAUUCAUCGCCAUCAUAUGCCUGCUGCUGUUUAUCCCUAAGCUCGAGAUCAAGAAGGGUAACAAAGGGAGCUCGAACGACGACGAAGAGGAGGAGGGACGCGGUUUCGUCGACGCGAAUUCGAGCAUUUGGGAGCGUUUGAACCGUUUGACGGUGGUGGUGAACGAGGCGGUCGAGCAAUAUCGAGCCUCGAACGAGGACUGUUCCAGUUUUGGGUGCCGGGCUGGAGGAGGCACGACGAGUAACGACCGGAUUUGGCCGGAUUACGAGCAGUUGUUGACCAGUUACAUCCUGGAGGAAACGCGUUCCCUCCGAACGAACACUUAGCGUUUAUCCAUUCGACCCCUCGCGUAUUUAUGCGUCAUUUAUUUAUUACUUAUUCAUUUAAGCUGCGCUACGGGCUCGUCGACUGUCCCUUCGAAUGCAAAUAAAUCGAUGUCAGGCGCGUGUCGCAGAUUCUCUGAUCUCUCCGUCCAUUUG